CAGCAAUCCUUCCAGAAGUGUAAGAUGCGGAGUAGGAGCCCUAUCUGGCUUAGGCUGAAAGGUGCAAUGUUACUGUACCCAUUAUCCAGAAAGCCACACGCGCGCACCGUGCUGCAGUAUCACUGCUGCAGGAAACCCGAUAUUAAAAGCUCGGGAAUCCCGCAUUGCUGAUCGUGUUUUCGCAGACAUCCCCAGCUUCCUCCUCUUUUUACUGCUGCACGGGACUCCUCUUCUUGAUUGGAAGAGCCCACAUCUUUUACUUUUCUAAUCAACCUUGAACCAAGACACCUCGCAAUCAUGCCUGGAGGUGGAGUUGUCGCCGUCACCGGCACAGCUGACAUCAAUCGCGUCGAGGCGCCUGUUACCGUUCGUGCCUACCUGAUUGUUGCCUUUGCAGCUUUCGGUGGCAUUUUCUUCGGUUAUGAUACCGGUUGGAUGGGUGGUGUCCUGAACAUGGACUUCUUCAUCAACCAGUACACUGGCUACGAAUACCCAGACGUCAAGUUCCCCGGCGCUGGCAAACUGGACGCACAAGUCGUCGCAUACCGAAAGCAGUUCUUCAGCAUCCCCUCAUGGCAGCAGUCCCUGACUACCUCUAUUCUGUCUGCCGGUACCUUCUUCGGUGCUAUCAUCGCCGGUGAUCUUGCUGACUUCAUCGGACGUCGCUUUACCAUUAUCCUCGGAUGCGGCAUCUUCUGCAUUGGUGGCAUCCUCGAGGUUGCCUCUACCGGGCUCGGUGUUAUGGUCGCGGGUCGUCUGAUCGCUGGUUUCGGUGUCGGUUUCAUCUCCGCCAUUGUCAUUCUGUACAUGUCCGAGAUUGCUCCUAAGAAGGUCCGUGGUGCCGUUGUCGCUGGAUACCAGUUCUGCAUCACCAUCGGCAUCCUGCUCGCCAAUUGUGUCGUCUACGCCACCCAGAACCGUCGUGACACUGGUUCCUACCGUAUUCCGAUUGCCGUCCAGUUCUUGUGGGCUAUCAUUCUCGCCACCGGUCUCGCUCUGCUUCCCGAAUCCCCCCGUUACUGGGUCAAGAAGGGCAAGCUCGACAAGGCUGCACAUGCUCUUGGCCGCGUCCGUGGCCAGCCUCUCGACUCUGAGUACAUUCAGGACGAACUUGCUGAAAUCAUUGCCAACCACGAGUACGAGAUGUCCGUUGUUCCCCAGACCAGCUACCUUGGAUCCUGGAUGGCUUGCUUCGAGGGCAAGAUCACUAGCCCUGCCUCCAACAAACGUCGUACUAUCCUCGGUAUCUGCAUGCAGAUGAUGCAGCAGCUGACCGGUAUCAACUUCAUUUUCUACUUUGGCCCCGUCUUCUUCACGCAGCUCGGCUCCAUCAGCAACCCCUUCCUGAUCGGACUCGUCACCACCCUCGUCAACGUGCUCUCCACUCCUGCUUCCUUCAUCAUGGUUGAGAAGAUUGGACGUCGCCCGAUUCUGAUCUUCGGCGCUGCCGGUAUGGUCAUCAUGCAGUUCAUCGUUGGUGCCAUUGGCGCGACCGCUGGCAAGAACACUGCCGACCACCCUGCCAACCCCAAUGCUACCAGGGCUAUGAUUGCCUUCAUCUGCUUGAACAUCUCCGUCUUCGCUACCACUUGGGGUCCUGCCGCUUGGAUCGUUAUCGGCGAAAUAUUCCCUCUCACCAUCCGUUCGCGUGGUGUCGGAUUAUCCACCGCUAGUAACUGGUUCUGGAAUUGCAUCAUCGGUGUCAUUACCCCCUACCUGGUCGCUGACAGGCCGGAUUCCGCGAAGCUGGGCUCCAAUGUAUUCUUCAUGUGGGGCGGACUGUGCUGCAUCUCCUUCCUCUUCGCCUACUUCUUCGUCCCGGAGACCAAGGGUCUUACCCUCGAGCAGGUCGACAAGAUGCUGGAGGAGAGCACUCCUCGCACCUCCCGCAAGUGGAAGCCUCACUCGACCUUCGCGGCUGAGAUGAACCUUGGCGAGAAGAACAUUGAGAUUCCUCUCGCAACUCAGCAUGUCGCUGGCAAGAAUGAGACGAUCUCCACCGUUUAAGCGCAAUUGCUUCGGUUACGCGCAAUGGUUGGACAUGGAAUACGUGCAAUGGUAAUGUAGGAGAUGAUGUUAGUGGAUGAGUAGAACGUAAUGUUGAGCUACGAUGCUGCAUUGAUUGUGGUGGAGUAGCUCUUGUAGUAUAAAUUAUACCCUGAGCUAGUUAUUAUAUGACUAGCAUCCCCUUUGCG